AUGCCCUCAAUCCCCAACCUUACAAUGAAAACUAUUUCAACUCAUCAAUCCGGAAUUACAGAAGAGGCAUAUGUUCAGACCAGCUCACCUUUUUGGGAAGAUGCCUCAAUGUCUGAUGAUAAUAAUGUUUUGGUUGGGAAUAAAGAGAUUCACAACAGUGAAAACAAUAGUGAUGUGAGUAGUAAUGAUGAGGAGAGCAGUGGUGAUGAUGAAAACAGCAAUGACAAAGAAAACAAAGAUGAUGAUAAAGAUGUUGUUGAGAUUAAAGUUGAGGAAUUUGUUGAUGAAGAUCCUUUUGCCACCCCCAAUAUGUCAGAAAGCCUAGUGCACAGGUUUAUUGCUAAAUUUGUGGUAAUGUUUGCUUCCCGCUAUGUGAUCAACAAGGGUACUGUUGUCUUGAUCGAGUUUAUCAACAAGCUCUUAACAAUUUACAAGCAGGAUUUCCAACUGCCCUUAAGCCUUCCUGGUCUACAGUGCAUGACAGGUUUCUCAGCCAUGACCAAAGGCGUAAAGAAAUUUGUUGUGUGUCAGGAUUGCUACAAGGUGUAUGAGGAAAGUGUAUCUGCUCCUUUUCAUUGUGAUUUUGUGAAGCUUGACAAAGAUAGUGUGCAAUUCGUCCAAGAUUCACGUUCAUUAAUGUUAACUAUUAACAUUGACUGGUUCCAGCCAUUAAAUAAUGUAUCUCACUUGUCUGGUGCAAUUUAUAUUGCUAUUGACAAUCUUCUCCAGAACAAACAGUUUGAGUCAGAGAAUAUCAUUCUGGUUAGACUUAUGUUAAGUCCUAAGAAACCAAAGCCUGAAGAGAUAAAUCACUAUCUUAAACCUUUGGUAGAUGAGUUGGAGACGUUGUACGUGGGAAUGAAGAUCCCAACCUUUGAAUGUCCCAGUGGAAUCAAUGUUUGUGCAGCACUGCUGAUGGUGGUCUGCUAUAUUCCAGCUGCUUGGAAAACAAGCUGGCUCUGUGAUAUUUCAGAUACAAAACAAUGA